UCGGAUUCAGUUUUACAGUCAUCGAUCGGAGGUCUUUCUCUCGUUCUUCUUUCCUUUCCAAUUCAUUGUUUGUCAACCUUGGCUAUAGAUCGCCUCGUCUAGUACGCCUGUCCACUCUUUAACUUUCAAACCCCCAAUAUUUUUUUUAUCUUAGCAAAUCGCAAUGGCCCGCUUCAGCCUCUCCGUCCUUGUGCUCUGCCUUUUCAUGGCCUUGAUGGCGUCCGCCAUGCCUGUCAAGCGCGACGAUGUCGCCAAUGAAAGCGACUACGCUAUGCAGGGGAUCGAGUCCGCCGCCAAGAUGAUGGAGGAGAUGAUUGAGAAAUACAAGGAAACCCAAGAGGCGAACGACAACUCCAACGAUGCCUCUUCCGCAACCGCCGACAAGACUGAGAACCAGAACGCUCCGAUGGAGGAUGCGAACACGAGUCCUUCUUCCACUACUCCCACGGAGGCGACUCCUGCUGCCAGCGCUGCCGCCCAGUCUCCCAAGCCUAGCAAGACUCACAUCGUGAACGACAACCCUUUUGCGAAAUUACCCCUUGUCGGCGGUCUGCUGAGCGGCGGUGGUCUCCCCGGUCUGUGAUGCCCCGAGGGUGCUCGCCCCGGUGCCGGCAUAGGCAACUGCCGGGAAACCCAAGUUUUGGUGUUAAAGUCUUUGUUGUUACGGUGCUAUGUAUGAGGCAUGAUGAUUGUGAAUUUUCCCACCUUAGUUUUGGGUUUGC